UUGUCAACUCAUUAACCAAAUACUUAUUGGUUGCUGUCAAUGCUGUUAUUAACUUUGGUAUUUUCAGGAUUGAAGUCAAUUUUCCUUACUUUAUAAUUCUAUAAAUUCUCUAAAAUGGAGUGGUUAUUCGGUAAGAAAUUAAGUCCAGAGGAAUUAUUGCGUAAAAACCAAAGAGCUCUUAACAAGGCAAUGAGGGACUUGGACAGGGAGAAACAGAAAAUGGAACAACAGGAGAAAAAAAUUAUAAUGGAUAUCAAAAAAUUAGCCAAGGAAGGACAAAUGGAUGCUGUCAAAAUAAUGGCAAGAGAUCUUGUAAGGACCCGGAGGUAUGUUAAGAAGUUCAUGUUGAUGAAAGCUAAUAUUCAAGCUGUAUCGCUGAAAAUUCAGACUCUAAGAUCACAAAAUACAAUGGCUGAAGCAAUGAAGGGUGUUACUCGAGCUAUGGCUAGUAUGAAUAGGCAACUUAAUUUGCCACAAAUUCAAAAAAUUCUUCAAGAAUUCGAAAAGCAAUCUGAAAUCAUGGACAUGAAAGAAGAAGUUAUGAAUGACGCUAUUGAUGAUGCUAUGGAGGAUGAUGCAGAUGAAGAAGAAAGUGAUGCUGUUGUGAGUCAAGUUUUAGAUGAACUAGGCCUACAACUUACAGAUCAACUCUCAAAUCUACCAGAUGCUGGUGGGGCUAUACCUGCAGCUGGUCAAAAACAUCAUGUCCCGGCAGCAGCAGUGGCAGGUGGAGGUGGUGGAGGCAGUGUUUCAGAUAUCGAUGCCGAUUUACAAGCACGAUUGGAUAAUUUGAGAAGAGAGUAGUAGUCAAAUAUCCAGAGAAUAUAAUGCUUAUUUUUUUAACUAACUCGUUCUCCCCAAAAAUAUUGCUAUUUUCAGUGGGUUCAACAAAACUUUAAUUUACUCAUGCUAAGAUGAAUUUUAUUGAUUGAAAUGGAAUUGAUAUUCCUUAUUUACGUAAAUAAAGCCUUGUGGAAGCCACACACCUUAUACAUUGUGCUUAGAAAUAAAAAUUUUUACACAAAUAUUAUUUAAGUGAAAUGUAAAAUAGUGAAUAUAUAAUGUUGAAACUU